AAGAAGAAGCAACAAAGCGGAAAAAAAGAAAGUAGCAAAUGGCAUGUCAAUAUUAUGUACUUGUACACGCUCGUUGUUGCUAAUAAGAUCAAUUUAAUGAUGUCGUUGACUUUUUCAGAUGAUUCUUAACAACAGGAAACAUCAAACGUGAAGAGCGAAGCUAUGAAAUAAAUAGUAUUUAGUCCGUGUCGAUUGGGAGGAGAGGUGACAUCCUUCAUCAUGUUCCCAGACUUGUAUCCUUUUGUGGAGGACAGUUUCAGUCGCUUCCCCUCGCAGAGUAACAUCUACGGACUGUGUCAGGCCGGGGAACACCAGCUGCUGGCUGCGACGCUCAAAGGGAAAGUGGUGAGCUUCACCUACCAGGAGCUGCAACAGAAGAUAAGACCAGUCGCCAAAGAGGUGCAAUUCACCUACAUUCCAGUUGAUGCAGAGAUUGUGUCCAUUGAUGCGUUCAUCAAGUCUUCACCCAAAAGAGGCCUGGUGGUUGGCAUUACAUUCAUUAAGGACUCUGGUGACAAAGCUACCCCUUUCCUGAAUAUCUACUGUGACUAUGAGCCCGGCUCAGAGUUCAACCUGGAGUCUAUUGCACAGAGUUGCCUAAAUCUGGAGUUGCAGUUCACACCCUUCCAACUGUACCACACAGAAGUGCAGAGUGAAGACGGAGGCAGGGAGACUGUUUUUCUUCUCAGUGGUCACGACCAGAGGAUCCACCUGUAUAAAGAGAAUGCUUCAUUGCACCAGUUUGAAGAGCAGCCUGUGGAGAAGCUCUUCCCUGAACUCAAGGAAUUACCCAGCAAUGUGCUGUGGUUGGACAUGUUGAGCAUUGCUGAAGGCAGAAGACUGUCUGCGUUUGGCUGUCAGAAUGGAUGUGUUGGAUUGGCUCUCGUCAAGCAAUUUGAACCAGCGGAGGUUUUGCAGAGCUGGCGUGUUCAGUUCGACAGUCCAAUCUCCAUCGUGCUGCUGUUUCCUCUUACCUGCCAAAGUGAGUCUGAUCCAUCCAGCAGAAACAAAAUUUUGGGAGUUAAAGGUUACAACCUUCUGGUAACUAGCACGAUAGAGAUGGCUGUUGUCUACAGAAAUGUGCAGGAAGGAGGUUUGUCCAACUCUAUGUGCCUCUCUGACAGCGAUCAGUGGGAUGCGGUGCUUUGCGCCCUCGUCAUCGACCUGGACUUUGAUGGGGAGAAGGAAGUGCUGCUGGGAACAUAUGGACAGGAACUUCUCUGUUAUAAGUUCCAGUAUACAGCAGAAGGGGAAGAUGGACACUUUCAGUUUCUGUGGCGAAGAAGCUUCAAAAGCCCUUUGCUGUCAAUCAUCUACUUAGACUUGACUGGGGACGGUUUGAGAGAGUUGGCUGUCCUGACGCUGAAGGGACUGCAUAUUUUACAGCAUAGUCUCACCAGCACUGCCGAUCUGGUCGUGGAGCGUCUUGCCAAGAGGGUGGCGGCGCGGACUGCUGACUCCAAAUUGGUGUUGGCCAAAGGUCAAGAAAGCGAAGAGAAGAAAGAGGACCGUACAUUUCAUGCAUCUUUAAAUUAACAUACAGUAUGUUCUGACUGCGUCUUCAUGUCACUUAUCACCACAUUUGGGACAGUCACAAUUUCAUACCUGCCUUAAAAUUACAUUCAUAUAGUAUAUUUACUAGGGCUGUCAAAAUUAACAAAUUAACUGUUGAUUAAUAACCAAAAAAAUGAUUGCAUUAAUCAUGUACACACUUAGAUUAAUCAUAUAAUUUAUUUUACCAUACCAUACCGUACCAUACCAACUUUAUUUAUAAAGCCCUUUAAAAACUACCACCGUUGGAGAACAAAGGGCUGUACACCACAAAGAAAUAAAGGCAAAGGACAGACUAAAAAAAUAACAUUUAAAACAGAAGUAAAAAACACAUUAAAAUAGCAAAUACAAAUUGCCCAAAGAACAAUCUGUUAGAUAAAAAGCAGUUAAAAUGUUAAAAAGAGUUAAAAAAGUUAAAAGUUAAAAACAGUUUAAAGUCUCAUGCUGGGUUAAAAGCCAGUGAAUAAAAAUUGGUUUUAAGAAAGGUCUUAAAAAUAGCCAGAGAAGGGGCCUGUCUCACAUGGAGAGGGAGAUCGUUCCAGAGUUUGGGAUUCGCAACAGAGAAGGCUUUGUCCCCCUGUGAGCUUGCGCUUUGAUUUGGGGACCUCCAGGAUCAGCUGAUUAGCUGACCUGAGGGCCCGGGUGGGGGCAUAGAGGUGGAGCAACUCAGAGGGGUAAGGUGAGGUAAGGUCAUUUUAAAAUGGACUCUAAAAGUGGAGGCUAAAACAGGAGUAAUGUGCUCUCUUUUUCUUGUGUUUGUUAAAAGUCGGGCAGAUGCAUUUUGGGCCAGCUGCAGACGUGAGAGAGAGGAUUGGUUAAUACCAAAAUACAGAGAGUUACAAUAAUCAAGCCGAUAUGUAAUAAAGGCAUGGAUUACUGUCUCAAACUGUUGCCUAGAAAGGAGGUUUUUAACCUUGGCCAGCUGACGUAAAUAAAAAAAGCUGGCUUUCACCACUGUGCCAAUCUGACGGUCCAAUUUAAAAUCACUGUCAAUACGAAAGCCCAGGUUGGUGACGAUGGGCUUAAUGUGUAAAGUCAGGGGGCCAAAGUCAACAGGGGGGAGCUCACAGGUACCACUAGGUCCAAACACUAUCACUUAUGUCUUCUUUUCAUUGAAAUUCAAAAUAAAUGUGUGUCAUCGUCAUAACAAUGAAAACAAAUAUCAUACUUUCUUAGGAUUGAGCCCAGAGAAAGUAAAUAAAUAGAAAAGAGCAGUGGUCCUAAAACUGAGCCUUGUGGGACACCACAUGUCAAUGGCGCAACAGAGAAUUCAAAACCAACAUUUACAGAGAAAGUCCUGUUGGUCAAAUAUGACUUCAGCCAACGCAAAGCAGUACCAUAGAUGCCCACUUGAUGCUGUAGGCGGCUAAUUAAAAUAUUAUGGUCCACCGUAUCAAAUGCUGCUGUUAGAUCCAGUAAAACUAAAAUCACAUGAUCACCCAAAUCUGUUGCUCUCAGGAUGUCAUUAAAAACCCUUAGUAAUGCUGACUCGGUACUAUGGAGGGGUUUAAAACAAGAUUGAAAGACUUCUAAAAUAUCACAGUCCUCUAAAAAAGGGAUUAACUGGGUAAAAACAAUCUUCUCCAAGAUCUUUGAGAGGAAAGGUAGUUUAGAAAUGGAGAAAUGGGUCUAAAAUGGGCUAAAACUGAACUGUCAAGACCAGGUUUCUCUAAAAGCGGUUGAACCACGGCGUGUUUAAAACUGGUACGAACUACACCAGAAAACAGCAUCAUGGGGGGAACCUGAGGGCUUAAUAUGAUUUGUUAAUUCUUCUAACUGCCGCAGAGGCACUCGCUCAAACUGAUUAAAAACAGCAGAGUAGUUAAACGGGACAGAAGGGUCAGAAAUUGGAACAGAAAGGAGAACCCUUGUUGUGGCAAUCUUAUCAAUAAAAUACUCUAAAAAGGCAUUGCACAAUUCAGAGGAGGGUUCCAAAAAUGUAGGCUGAGGGGCAGUAAGAACAGAGUCAAUGGUUUUGAAUAAAACACCAGGGUCAAAACCAUUGGAGGCAAUAAUGUUUGCCAAAUGUUCUCUCUUAUCCUCUUUUACUGUCCUCUGAUAUCGAUACCCAACAGUCCUUUAAAAUCUGGAGUGACACCCAAAGCUUUUCCUUCCACCUGCGUUCAACUUUGCGGCACUCGCGUCUGAUCGCAGGGGUUCUCUCAUUAAACCACGGUUCUGAUUUAGUUUUCGCCUUUUUGAUUUUUAAAGGAGCCACUGAGUUCAAGGCAGUCUCACAGGUGGAGUCAAACAAUUCACUAAGUUUCUCAGUGUCAGAAAAAACAGAGUCAGAGGGUAAAAAACUUGGUUAAAAGCAAUAAUAAACUGACCAGCAGUGGAAGGGUUAAAAACUCGACAGAGAUGCACAGGAGUGUGCGCUCCAGCUGUCAAGCGGUUAAAACUGGCCUCAAAUAUGACAGGCGUAUGGUCUGAAAGCAAAUUGUCACAAAUGUCCAAGUUAGACACAGGAAGACCAUAUGACAGGACAAGAUCAAGCGUGUGACCACGUCCGUGUGUGGGGCCAGACACAAACUGGGUCAAAUUUAAAAAGUCUAUAAGGUUUAAAAAAUCCUUAACCACUGGCUUGUCGGGACAGCAUACAUGGAUAUUAAAAUCUCCAACAAUAAGGACACGAUCAUAGUGGGGCAUAAUUCAUGCUAAAAAGUCCGACAAGCCAUUGAUGAAGUCCUUGUUGUAUUUGGGCAGGCGGUAAAUGACAGCGCACAGCACCGCGUCAGCGCGACACACCUCAAAUAAAGUCAUUUCAAAGCUGGCGAAAAAUGACGAAGGAAAUCAUUGCUUACAUUUAUAGUCAUUUUUAUAAAGUAUCGCCGUUCCUCCUCCACGGCCUGUGGUACGAGGAGAGUUAAAAUAGCAACAGUCUGCCGGCAGAAGUUCAGAGAAAACAUUGGACUCACCGGCACCGAGCCACGUUUCCGUAAUGUAAAGGAAGUCCAGACAGCGUGACUCGAAAGAAUCCCUGAGUGGGAAUGUUUUCUUCGCCCGUGAUCUGGCGUUUACCAGACCAAUUCUGGCAGGAGAUGAGACCGGCGUGGCAGAACACUGGGUAUCCCGGUGUUGUACCGAAAUCUGUUACCCAUCGGAAUUUGUAACUCCAGGGGGUGAUGUUCCCAAGGCGUUUGUUUGAUGGUUAAACGGCAAGGCCAAAGAGGAGGAGAAGAAGAACGCUUUCGUAAAUGGCGUAAACUAUCCUUAAUGCUUAAACGUCAGUUGUCAGAAUUUCAGCAUGAAUAAAUUACACAUAUUCUUGAAAUCAAUGACUUACUUUCAUUAUAGUAUGAGUCCAUUGUAUCAGCUGUUGAUUCUCUCUCACACAUACAUUUUCCAAUAUAGAUAAGGCUAUACAUGCACAUGCGGUUGUUCUGUUUGUUAUGGCUUUAUGUUCCCUAUUCUUAAGCCAGUCACCUCAAUUACCAUUUCCUGCCCUUUUUACACACCUCCUCCCUUCAUCUCCUUACACUUUUUCUCAUUUGGACCCUCAGAAUCUGGACGCACUAGGGUUACAUGUUCCGAUAAGCUGUGACUUGGCCGUCAGAUUUCGAGACCUUACUGUAUGUUCCCUAUUCUUAAACCAGGCACCUCAAAUACAAUUUCCUGCCCUUUUUACACCCCUCUCACUUCAUCUCCAUACACUUUUUCCUCAUUUGGACCCCCAGAAUCAAGACGCACGAGGGUUACCUCCACAGCUGUUACCUGGUGGACUCCAAACACUUGGGUACUUUAGAGCGAGCGUUGCCUAAUGAGUCAAGCACGAGACUCCGCUGCUCUGCUGGAUAAAUGGCCUGUGAAUAUUCAGAAAAAUCAUAGAGCUUCACUUCUAUUUCCUCACUGUCAGAUAAGCCGAUAAGAGAAACACCCAGGAUUAGGAGAUGUAAAUCUUCACCUACUGUAAAAAAAACAGUGGCCAGCUUUAUGGACAGCUCCCAAAACGACAAAAAAUUAAUUGGGAUCCAGCUGGAAAAAAAAAAAAUUGUAUGCAAAUUUGGUUUACAUUUAAAAAUGCAAAGCACAUUAUUUGUACCAUGUUCUCAUAUUAACAAUGGAAUCCUACUUUCACUCAUGUUUUUUUUUUCCUUGCCACAUCAUUGUCAUGGCAAAUGAAUCAAUGUAUGCAGCUUGUUUCCCUCCUCGGCUGUUGUAGCACUUGACUAGUUUAUGUAGGUAUGCAUUGAUGACCUAAGGGCAAGAAAGUGAAGUGAAUCCACCUAACUUUAUUAUUGGGGUUUUUUUAUUUGUCUUAGCCAGAUGUAAGUAAAGGAAAUUUGUGUUUCAGCUUA